UGAAAAGCAUGGCUGUUCAGUGCUCUGGGCUUGAAAGUGGUUAAGGGUCCACUCUGCCCAUGGGAGCUACCUGCCCUCCUUACUCCCUGGCUGCAGUUUAGAAGUGAUAAAUAUUAGGAGGACUUGGGUGGGGGACUGGGGAGUAAUGGGGGUACAAAGAGAGCCCUGGGGUGAGGCUGCUCAACCCUGAGCACAACAUCAGGGGACAGGCGGCACAGCUGACACAUUGAUGACCUUUCCCCUACAUUCAGCUAUUUUUAGCUCUAAUGUCACCAUCCUCACGUGAGACUCUUUGGGCCCCCCCAGGUUCCCAGACCUUUGAGCAAUCUUCGGCUUGCAGACACUCGACCCCCCUCACUCCUGAUUUCCACCAGCGAGGGGAGGGGAUUCUGGUUGCCACCCCCCCACCCCGUCUGUUUUCUCAACCCAAAUUUGGGAGUGGGUGUCAGGUUCCCGGUGAGGGCGGGGCGGGGGUAGCCAGGCCUGAAGGACGUGGGGACACGGGCCAGAGCGACUGGCCCCACACGCGGACAGGAGCGAACCCGAGCUGUGAGUGGAGCGGGGGGCAGCGCAGGGUGACCUGCCUGGCUCAGAGCCCUGGGCGGGCGCACGGGCGAGGACGGCGCCGGGGUCCCACGCGGUCGGGGCGGGGGCCUCCGGGACCGACUGUGCUUCUGGGGGCGCCUCUCCCCCCCCACCUCGAGCCCCCUCUUUACUGUCCUCGGGGCUCCUGAAGUUUUCAAGGCCUCGACUCCAUUCCCGACCCCUGCACCGUUUCGGCGGAGCCUCCGCGGAAGGCCGAUGCGAGGGUUCAGCGGCCGUUGACGGGGCUGGGGUGCCGGCCAACCCCCAGGAUGGCGGAAGCGCACCAGGCCGUGGCCUUCCAGUUCACGGUGACCCCAGACGGGGUCGACUUCCGGCUCAGUCGGGAGGCCCUGAAACAGGUCUACCUGUCCGGGAUCAACUCCUGGAAGAAACGCCUGAUUCGCAUCAAGAAUGGCAUCCUUAGGGGUGUGUACCCUGGCAGCCCUACCAGCUGGCUGGUUGUCGUCAUGGCAACAAUGGGUUCCUCCUACUGCAACGUGGACAUCUCCAUGGGGCUGGUCUGUUACAUCCAGAGAUGCCUCCCUGAGGGAUGUGGCCCCUACCACACCCCCCAGACCCAGGCGCUUCUCAGCAUGGCCGUCUUCUCCACGGGGGUCUGGAUGAUGGGCAUCUUCCUCUUCCGCCAAACCCUGAAACUGCUUCUUUCCUACCACGGUUGGAUGUUUGAGAUGCACGGCCGGACCAGCCACUUCACCAAAGUCUGGGCUAUCUGUGUCCGCCUUCUGUCCAGCCGGCAGCCCAUGCUCUACAGCUUCCAGACAUCUCUGCCCACACUUCCCGUGCCUAGUGUGCAGGCCACAAUUCAGCGGUACCUGGAGUCUGUGCGGCCUUUGUUGGAUAACGAGGAAUAUUACCGCAUGGAGACACUGGCCAAGGAAUUCCAGGACAAGACUGCCCCCCGGCUGCAGAAGUACCUGGUACUCAAGUCAUGGUGGGCAACUAACUAUGUGAGUGACUGGUGGGAAGAGUACAUCUACCUCCGAGGCAGGAAUCCCCUCAUGGUGAAUAGCAACUAUUAUGUCAUGGACUUUGUGCUUGUCAAGAACACAGACGUGCAGGCAGCCCGCCUGGGAAACAUCGUCCAUGCCAUGAUCUUGUAUCGCCGUAAACUGGACCGUGAAGAUAUCAAGCCUGUGAUGGCCCUGGGCAUGGUGCCCAUGUGCUCCUACCAGAUGGAGAGGAUGUUCAACACCACUCGGAUCCCGGGCAAGAAAACAGACGUGUUGCAGCACCUCUCAGACAGCAGACACGUGGCUGUCUACCACAAGGGCCGCUUCUUCAAGGUGUGGCUGUAUGAGGGCUCCCGCCUGCUCAAGCCUCAGGACCUGGAGAUGCAGUUCCAGAGGAUCCUGGACGACCCCUCCCUGCCUCAGCCUGGAGAGGAGAGGCUGGCGGCCCUCACUGCGGGGGGAAGAGUGGAGUGGGCGCAGGCACGGCAGGCCUUCUUCAGCUCUGGCAAGAACAAGGCUGCUCUGGAUGCCAUCGAACGCGCCGCUUUCUUUGUGGCCCUGGAUGAGGAGUCUCACCACUACGACCCUGAAGACGAGGCCAGCCUCAGUCUUUACGGCAAGGCCCUGCUGCACGGCAACUGCUACAACAGGUGGUUCGACAAGUCUUUCACUCUCAUCGCCUUCAAGAAUGGCCACUUGGGCCUCAACACAGAACACGCGUGGGCAGAUGCCCCUAUCAUAGGGCACCUCUGGGAGUUUGUCCUGGGCACUGACGCCUUCUACCUGGGCUACACAGAGACUGGGCACUGCGUAGGCAAACCGAACCCUGCGCUGGCACCUCCUCAGCGGCUGCAGUGGGACAUUCCUGAGCAGUGCCAGGCGGUCAUCGAGAGUUCCUACCAGGUGGCCAAGGCACUGGCAGACGAUGUGGAGUUGUACUGCUUCCAGUUCUUGCCCUUUGGCAAAGGCCUCAUCAAGAAGUGCCGGACCAGCCCUGAUGCCUUUGUGCAGAUUGCCCUGCAGCUGGCUCAUUUCCGGGACAGGGGAAAGUUCUGCCUGACCUAUGAAGCCUCGAUGACUAGAAUGUUCCGGGAGGGACGGACCGAGACUGUACGUUCCUGUACUAGCGAGUCCACAGCCUUUGUUCAGGCCAUGGUGGAAGGGACCCACAUGAAAGCACACCUCCAAAAUCUCUUCCGGAAAGCUUCUGAGAAGCACCAGAAUAUGUACCGCCUGGCCAUGACGGGGGCUGGGAUCGACAGGCACCUCUUCUGCCUCUAUGUGGUCUCCAAGUACCUGGGGGUCAGCUCCCCUUUCCUGGCUGAGGUGCUCUCAGAACCCUGGCGCCUCUCCACCAGCCAGAUUGCUCAGUUCCAGAUCCGCAUGUUUGACCCAGACCAGUACCCCAGUCACCUGGGCGCUGGCGGUGGCUUUGGCCCUGUAGCAGAUGAUGGCUAUGGGGUUUCCUACAUGAUCGCCGGCGAGAACACCAUCUUCUUCCACGUCUCCAGCAAGUUCUCGAGCUCAGAGACGAAUGCCCAGCGCUUUGGGAACCACAUCCGCCAAGCUCUGCUGGAUAUCGCUGAUCUUUUCCAAGUUCCCAAGGCUGACCGCUGAGGACUGGAAAAAAUGCCAGCUGCCCUUUUCAUCCCCAAGUUAUGGAGGAAGGGGUCUAUGGUUGUCUCGCAGGCACAAGGGAUGGCCGUGCACAGGUGCCGAGGUUCCAAGGACAGCUCUGGCAGCAGGUGCUCCCCAGGCAGACUCUGCUCCCUGAGGGCCCAGGUGGUGAAGGUGGGAUUGGAGUCGGGAGGGAAUUUUGAUUUUUUUUUUUUUUAUUUUGCUAAAUACCAAUAAAAAUAAGGCUGUGUAAUUCUCUCUUA